AUGCCUUGCCAUAGUGAGAGUACCCGCCCCUGCGGCGACUGCAACGGCUCGUCCGGCGAUGCUUCUCUUGUCGCCCGAGCCCUCACCGAUGCUCCAAAUGGGAACGGAACUUUGGUCGAUGUUAUGUUUACUGGUGCUACCUGUGAGGACAACCUAGUUGACAUUCCUCUUGCACAUCCUCUUGUGGUUGGCCGUGACCGUCUAGACUCUAUCCAGGAGCCAAAACUUGAAACAGGACAAAAGUUAGCCUUGCUUCCUAAGGUCAUCCGCAAUUUUUCCCUUGUCGGAAAAGUUUGCGUUGUUACUGGUGGAGCUCGCGGACUGGGUUACAAUAUUACUGAGGGCUUCCUUCAGGCUGGUGCCCAAGGUGCCGCGAUUCUAGAUAUCCUUGAGGACGUGGGAAUUAAAGCCGCAGACACACUCGGCAAGCGUUAUAACACCAAGGUGUUGUUUUACAAGGUUGAUAUCACCAACGAUGAGUCUGUCGAGAAGGUGUUUAGCCAGAUCUGUAAGGAUUUGGGUAGUAUUGAUGUGUUGCUCUGUUCUGCCGGAAUCGCGGACUCCAACAUGCCGGCCGAGACUUACUCCAUGGCCCGUUUCCGUCGUCUUAUGGACAUCAAUGUCAACGGUCUUAUGAAGUGUUCCCAAGAAGCAGGGAAACAGAUGAUAGAGCAACGCACCGGAGGAUCCAUUGUAUUGAUAGCCUCAAUGUCCUCACACAUUGUCAAUUAUCCUCAGGAGCAAUGUUGCUAUAACGCCUCAAAGGCUGCUGUUAGACAUCUCGGUGCAUCCCUCGCCCUUGAAUGGGCCAAGCAUGGUAUCCGAGUUAAUUCGAUUUCUCCGGGGUACAUGGAUACUGAACUCAAUCGCGCUCCGGCCCUCGAGGAGCAAAAAGUUAUCUGGUGCGAUCGUACCCCCAUGAAGCGCCUUGGUCAGGAGGAUGAGCUCAACAAUCUCGCGUUGUUCCUCGCCUCUCCCGCUAGCUCCUUUGUGACCGGAGCCGAUGUUAUCAUCGAUAUACAAUACAGGGUGGGUAUUGUAUUCCUUAGGCAUCACCCUAACCCACAACUCGACGGUCUUUUUCUCUUUACUUUACCUUCUAUUUUUUAUUUUCUUCUUUCAAUAUUUCCCUUGUCCCCUGGUUUCUUGGGUUUUGAAUGUGGGGAAACUAGUUGGGGCAUCUGCACAGGAGGAAUCAAGAUAGUUAGUGGAAGUGAGACAAAUUGCGAGUUUGGAAAUUUAAUUUGGGAUAUAAAUAAAUAA